AACACAAAUUUCACUUCAUCUCCAAAACAUGGCGGUUUCAAAGCUCGUAUUAGCUGCUACGAGCGGUAAGAGCAGCAAAAUACUCUUAGGGCUAAGAGUACUUGCCUUCUUGGCUACGUUAUCAGCAGCCAUUGUAAUGGGAUUGAACAAAGAGACAAAGACUUUUGUUGUGGGAAACGUUGGAAAUACUCCGAUCAAAGCUACGUUCACUGCUAAGUUCCAACACACUCCAGCUUUUGUAUAUUUCGUCGUGGCUAAUGCAAUGGUUAGCUUCCACAACUUGCUGAUGGUUGCUCUGCAGCUAUUUGGAGGGAAGACAGAACUUACUGCUUUUCGUCUUCUCUCCAUCGCUAUUCUCGACAUGCUGAAUGUGACUCUAUUGUCAGCGGCAGCAAACGCGGCGGCGUUCAUGGCGGAGGUGGGGAAGAACGGGAACAAACACGCCAGGUGGGACAAAAUCUGUGACAGAUUCGCCACUUACUGUGAUCACGGCGCCGGAGCACUAAUCGCGGCCUUCGCCGGCGUGGUCCUUAUGGUCAUUAUCUCCGCUGUUUCCAUAUCGCGUCUCGUUCAGCCUAAUAAUAAAUGUUCCAUCUCAACCGCCGCAUCUCCGUCUGUCGCCCCCUGAAAACAUCGCAACCUAAAAAUUACACAAACACGUGUCUCGUUCUCCUGUUUCUUACUUCUUUGCUUUCUUGAGUGAUUUUCUAGCAUAUAAGCAGCUGCCUUGUCUGUUACUAUGUUUGUAAACUUUCUUCUUUUGGUUUGAUUUUUCGACUGUACUCAUCACCAUCCAUAUAUUACAUGGUUCUUACCUGUUUG